AUGGAUGAGGCUACCGGCAUGUACAUGACAACCUCAAAGGACCUUGAAUCCGUACGAAAGAAGCUGAAAGAAAUUGAGGGAAUGUGCAAGGAGGUAGAGGAAGUUCAGGCUUUGCUUACCAUGCUGGGCGAAAUCAAGUUCCCCGACUUGGGCAUCAGCGGCGAUUUCGUCUUGUGCUCUAGGUGUCAGGAACACAUCAAUCUACCAGUCGGAUCAGCCGACCCACUGAAACCUCAACGAUCCUUUGAAUACUACGGCAUAUCCUUCAUUCUGAUCAUCACUACCCUCCUCGACAUCAGCUACUUUCGACAGACCGGUCUGAUUUGGAUAGCCGUCGGCAUGGUUACUGGCUUUUUGACUCCUAUUGCCUUCCUUCGUUGGUCCGGGGGUGAACAUUACUGCCGACGUCUGACCCAUCAUUAUUUCCAGAGUUGGAUCUUCAGCCUUCUUAUCUGGGCUUACGGGGGGGCUGCGAUUGGCGGACCUGGCGAGGUGACCGGGCUGGAGGCCUUCAUAAACUGGCAUUUGCCGGCCCAGCUUUUGCACUCAAGAUACAGCUUCAGAUAUUCUACAGGGAAUUGGCAUUCCAUGAUCUUCAUCCAGGCGAGGAACGCCGUACCCACGCAGCCAGCGGGAAAUCGACGCCGCAGGGCGAGUUUUCUCGCCGCAACGAACGAACGUUCUUCUGCAAGUGCCAGCCGCGCAGACCGUGAGCUCAUCCCGUACAACGACCCAAGGAGAUCGCCUUCACCCGACGAACGAGAUGCCAUCAGACGUCUCACGUCGGCUUUGGACGAAUGCGAGAGAAUGCCCGUGGGGCACGCCUCCGAGAGGGUACAAGUUAGACACAAUGAGCUCAUCAGAUCUCCCGGCGGGGGAGGCAUGGACCGAUCUUCAGAAGCAGGAUUCUAG